AUGGCUUCAUCCUCACAGCGAGUGUCGGAUGAGAAAGAUCGAGCUUUGAGCCUUGUGGCCAGAAUUGCUGCUUGUGGCGAGGCGCUUCAGGAAAUCUUGGCCACGAUCCCUCCAACGCCUUCAGUUCCUGGGGGGCAGGCGGAGGCCGCUCUCUUGCGUCAUCACCUGGGGGCUUGCGCACGCCUGCGCGAAGCGCGCCAGAUCUGCCAAGAUUUGAAGACGGAGCAAUUCGCCGUCGUUCCAGGCGAGAAGAUCUACAUGAAUCCUGGCGUGGUUCCUUUGCUGCUUUCCACGCGGCCCCAGCAGCCCACGGAGGCCGUGAAACUCUGUGGGUCAGGCCCUGUUCCUUCUGCCACGCCAGCCUCCCGGAUGGCACGGCUGAAGCGCCGGAAGGAGUUGUGCGACAGUCUCAGCACAGACAUCAGCAAAGACCUGGCGCGGCUUCUCCAAGAUCA